AUGGCUUCCGAGUCCUCCUCCUCAGUCCCGACAAGCACAUCCGCAGCCGUCCUUGCUCCUUCUGAAUCGAUUGACCCCAACACGUCCAUAUCAGUCCAGGGGCCAGAUUUCAGCUCUCCUCUUACUUUGCAGGCUUUUAUUCAAAGCUAUGAACGUAUCGGAUUCCAAGCAACCAGCCUCGGCAGAGCAAUCGAUGUGGUGAACAAAAUGCGUCAAUGGCGUCUUUCAGAUGACCCCGUUGGUCCCGACGAAUCCGACGACUACCUCGAUCCUACCGUUCGCGCAGAAACACGCUGCAAGGUCUUUCUAGGCUACACUUCCAAUCUCAUCUCUUCUGGCCUACGUGAGGUUAUUCUCCAUCUUGUGAAAAACAAGCAGGUCUCCGUACUGGUCACAACUGCUGGUGGAAUCGAAGAAGACUUGAUAAAAUGUCUUGGAAAGACCUACCUUGCAGACUUCAACCUCGACGGCGCCGAUCUACGCAAACGCGGGAUGAAUAGAAUUGGAAAUCUCGUGAUACCUAACGACAAUUACUGCAAGUUUGAAGACUGGCUUACUCCCAUACUCGACACUAUGUUAGCUGAACAGCAGCAGAGCGGUCAGGUUUGGACACCGAGCAGCUUUAUCCAUCGCCUCGGGAAAGAGAUUAACAACGAAGAAUCGGUGUACUAUUGGGCCUAUAAAAACAACAUUCCUGUUUUCUCCCCUGCGCUGACCGAUGGCUCGUUGGGGGACAUGAUAUACUUCCAUUCGUUCCGCUCUCCCGGUCUCAUCAUCGACAUUGUGCGUGACAUUCGUGAAAUCAACGAGAUUUCGCGCAAGGCAAAGAAAGCUGGGAUGAUCGUCCUUGGAGGCGGAGUGUGCAAACACCAGAUAGCUAAUGCGAUGCUUAUGCGCAACGGGGCAGAUUAUUCGGUAUUCAUUAAUACGGGACAAGAGUUCGAUGGCUCGGACUCUGGAGCUCGUCCAGAUGAAGCUGUUUCGUGGGGUAAAAUUCGAGCAGGAGCUGAGGCAGUCAAGGUUUUUGCCGAUGCGACAUUGGUAUUCCCCAUGCUCGUUGCUGCCACUUUCGCCAAAGAUACGCAGCAAAUUUAG